ACCACUUAUUCAUCCACAAACUAACAACAUCAAACCUCACUUGCACCUUACAUAUGGCACCUCCCCUUUCAUUUCCUCUGCUUCUUCUCACACUAAUAAUCUUCUCUUCAACUACAUUCUCUUCGUCCCAAGCAACAAAAACUUCACAGAUUAUCACCCGAGAUCUUUACAAAUCAAUCUUUUUGCAUAAAGACGACUCUGCAUGUCCAGCUAACCACUUCUACGGUUAUUCUGCUUUCAUCAAAGCAACCAAACGCUUCCCCAGUUUUGGCAAUUCUGGAAGCCUUGCAACCCGAAAGCGCGAAAUAGCAGCGUUUCUUGCACAAAUCUCCCACGAGACCACUGGAGGAUGGGCCACUGCACCGGACGGACCGUAUUCUUGGGGUCUGUGUUACAAGGAAGAGAUUAGUCCUGGGAGUAGCUACUGUGAUUCCACGGACCUGCAAUGGCCUUGUUAUCCUAACAAAACUUAUCACGGAAGAGGACCUAUUCAGCUUUCAUGGAAUUUCAACUAUGGUCCUGCUGGAAAGGCCUUGGGAUUCGACGGUCUCAAAACGCCAGAACUCGUAUCCAACAGCUCUGUGACCGCAUUCAAAACUGCGCUCUGGUUCUGGAUGACUGAGCAAAAGCCAAAGCCAUCGUGCCACGACGUCAUGACAGGGAAAUACAAGCCCACUGCUGCCGACUUGGCUGCUAAUCGGACAGCCGGAUACGGGUUGGUUACAAAUAUAAUUAACGGGGGACUAGAAUGCGGUAUAGUUAGUGAUGCAAGGGUCAAUGAUAGAAUAGGGUAUUUCCAGAGAUAUGCCAAAUUGUUCAAGGUUGACACUGGACCUAAUUUGGAUUGUGAGUCUCAGAAAUCAUUUUAAUCAAUGUAUUCCGCCUUCGUUUCAAUAAUAGAUAUGCGUAUAUCUCACCCUCUCGCAA